AAUGAAGCCCCGUUUUGUAUCCGAAUCCACUAAUUCAGAUCCGUAUAUAUAUGUUAUAAAAAAAUUAAUAUUUCCAAUCUUCAUUUGUGUCAUCGCCAACAACCAUUGUUAACCCUAUCUUCUCGGUGUUAUUGUGCUGUCCGCCUCCGCCUCCUUCUUAUCAACGACGAUAUACAAGUCAAAAUCCGAUGGUUUCUUAUAUUCUGUUGACAACUCCUACUCUUUCUCCGUGUUCAAUGAUUUUAUCAUCGUUGAUAUACAACUGAAGAUCCGAUUUAAUACAGGUAAUUAUCUAAAUCUUUGAUGUUUGAAGGGGCAAUUGAAUCGUAUUAUAUCUAGAGAAACCCUUUAAUCGAUUUACAUUAUGGAUCCAAGUGUUGCAGACGGGUCUGCAUCGAAGAAAAGAUUUGCUGAAGAAAGUGAUGAGUUUGAAGAAUUUGGAGCAAAAAGAGCAAAAAUUAGAGAUCUUGAAUUUGUUUUUCGUUCAGAAGGGAAAAUAAAGCAUAACAAUGCUUCAGCAAUUGAUCUCAAUGCUAAAGAUGAUGGUCCAUCAUGUGUUGAUGAUACAACUUUAUCGCAAUCAAAGAUGAAUUGUGUAAAGUCAAGAGGUUUCACAUUUGAUCUAAACAUCGAAGAUGAUCAAGAUCAAGUGGAACCGCGCGAUUCAUUGUCGGAAUGUGGGAGUACUUGUCAUUUAGGGGGUGAGCGAGACUCGGUGAGGGUUUGGAAUGAAAUGAAGCGAAACGGGUUUUUAAUAAGUUGCUGGAAAUAGAAAUCAAGUAAUCUGCUUUACUUCUUCAUCAGCAUUGUUGUUCAUGGUUUGAUGGUUGUUUUCCUUCGACAUCAUGUUCGUUGUUGAAGGUAUUAUUCUUAUUUAAUACAUUAUCCGUCAUUAUAUUAAUUAAGGUUUUGAUACUAUGAAUAUGGUGUUUUUGUGCACGAAUUGACCAUGAUAACCAAGUUUGAAGAUUUUAUACUUUAUAAAAUGUAUAUGUUGCACUUCGUAUAUAAAUCACACACAGUACGAUUUUUUACAUAAAACAUUGUGUUGAGUUGAGCACUUGAAAUUGUUUCAACACCUGGUUAACAACAGGUUGUAAUCCGCGUUUGCUUAAGCUUUAGCCAACCAUUGAUUUGAUUGUGUCUUUUAUGCCGAUUGAUUUUAAAUAUGUUGUUCUUGCAAAAGAUGUUUGAUGCUUAUUAAGAGAAAUCGUUUUUAAAGCAUAUAACAAAAAGAAAAUAUUCGAAAUAAAAAUUUUAAUAUUUGAUGUGAAUAGGGAAGAGCAAAUGGUAUCGGGUACCGGUUUGGAACCAGUCCGUUACCGAAUUUUUUGGGGUUUUUUUUACCGGUACCAGUUUUUACCUUCUAAUAUUCGUUCGUACCGGUACCCAUUUUUAGGAUUCUUGAUACCGGUACGGGUUAGGACCGUGCUCAUCCCUAGAUGCCAUCAUUUUGCUUUGU